UGGUCAGCAGAGCGCUGGGGAGGAGGACUUGAGAGCAGUUGAUCCUGACCGAUGCUGGGGAGGGCUUGGGCUUGAAUGCAUGCUGGGGAGAAGGAUCACCAAACACAUGGCCUGAGCAGACUGAAGAACAGCUGCCUGCUCGGGCAGGCCCAAGCCCUUGCUGGGUCCACAGGACGGAGGCAUGCCAGAUGCCAAGGUAGAAGCAGCUUUCCAGGCUCCCGACAAGCACUGGCCUGCAGUGGGAGAGGGUGAGGCCCAGCUUCCAGAAAGAGCACCAAGGCCCGGCAGAGGACUGGCUUUGGAAGGUCCUGGGGAUCUUGCCUCUCCUCCAUGCUCUAGACAGCUGACCGCAGAAGGGUGAAAGGAGAGGCGAGAAGGCCACAGGAGGCACCAUGUUCCGCAAGAAAAAGAAGAAACGUCCUGAGAUAUCAGCCCCACAGAACUUCCAGCACCGUGUCCACACCUCCUUUGACCCCAAGGAAGGCAAGUUCGUGGGCCUGCCCCCACAAUGGCAGAACAUCCUGGAUACUCUGAGACGGCCCAAGCCCGUGGUGGACCCUUCUCGAAUCACGCGGGUGCAGUUGCAGCCCAUGAAGACGGUGGUACGGGGCAGCUCAGUGCCCACGGAGGGCUACAUCUCGGGGCUGCUCAACGACAUUCAGAAAUUGUCAGUUAUCAGCUCCAAUACCCUGCGAGGACGCAGCCCCACCAGCCGGCGGCGGGCACAGUCCCUGGGGUUGCUCGGGGACGAUCAAUGGGCCACGGACCCGGAUAUGUACCUCCAAAGUCCUCAGUCCGAGCGCACUGAUCCCCAUGGCCUCUACCUCAGCUGCAACGGGGGCACACCAGCAAGUCACAGGCAGAUGCCAUGGCCGGAGCCACAGAGCCCUCAGGCCCUGCCCAAUGGGCUGGCCGCCAAGGCGCAGUCGUUGGGCCCUGCUGAGUUCCAGGGAGCCUCGCAGCGCUGCCUGCAGCUGGGUGCCUGUCUGCAGAGCUCCCCACCUGCCGCCUCACCCCCUAUGGCCACAGGGAGGCGUGGGGUGAAGGCUGCCAAGCAUAGCUCGGAGGAGGCCCGGCCACAGUCCUGCCUGGUGGGCUCAGCCGUGGGUAGGCCGGGUGGAGAAGGCAGCCCCAGCCCGAAGAACCAGGAAAGCAGCCUCAAGCACCGGCUCUUCCGAAGCAUGUUUCUGUCCGCUCCCGCCACGGGGUCUGCAAGCGGCAGCAAGCCGGUCCCUCUGCCACAGAAUAAGCUCAAUUCUGCUUUCCGACCACCACAAAAAGACCCCUCCUCAAACCCAGUGGCCAAGGCACAGUCCUUGCCCUCCGAUCAGCCCACGGGGACCUUCAGUCCUCUGACCACCUCAGAUACCAGCAGCCCCCAGAAGUCCCUCCGCACAGCCCCGGCUGCCUGCCCACUUCCGGGCCGGUCCUCUCCGGCAGGCUCCCCCCGCACUCGGCAUGCUCAGAUCAGCACCAGCAACCUCUACCUGCCCCAGGACCCCACAGUGGCCAAGGGGCCCCUGGCUGGCGAGGACACGGGCAUUGUGACCCAUGAGCAGUUCAAGGCUGCGCUCAGGAUGGUGGUGGACCAGGGUGACCCCAGGCUGCUGCUGGACAGCUAUGUGAAGAUUGGGGAGGGCUCCACGGGCAUUGUGUGUCUGGCCCGGGAGAAGCACUCGGGUCGCCAGGUGGCGGUCAAGAUGAUGGACCUCAGAAAGCAGCAACGCAGGGAGCUGCUCUUUAAUGAGGUGGUGAUCAUGCGUGACUACCAGCACCUCAAUGUGGUAGAGAUGUACAAGAGUUACCUGGUGGGCGAGGAGCUGUGGGUGCUGAUGGAGUUCCUGCAGGGCGGGGCCCUCACAGACAUCAUCUCCCAAGUCAGGCUGAAUGAGGAGCAGAUUGCUACUGUGUGUGAAGCUGUGCUUCAGGCCUUGGCUUACCUGCACGCCCAGGGUGUCAUCCACCGGGACAUCAAGAGCGAUUCCAUCCUGCUGACCCUUGAUGGCAGGGUGAAGCUCUCAGACUUUGGAUUCUGUGCUCAGAUCAGCAAAGAUGUCCCCAAGAGGAAAUCCCUGGUAGGAACCCCCUACUGGAUGGCUCCUGAAGUGAUCUCCAGGUCCCUGUAUGCUACCGAGGUGGAUAUCUGGUCUCUGGGCAUCAUGGUGAUUGAGAUGGUGGACGGAGAACCUCCCUACUUCAGCGACUCCCCAGUGCAAGCCAUGAAGAGGCUCCGGGACAGCCCCCCACCCAAGCUAAAGAACUCUUACAAGGUCUCCCCAGUGCUGCGAGACUUCCUGGAACGGAUGCUGGUACGGGAACCGCAAGAGAGAGCCACGGCCCAGGAGCUCCUGGACCACCCCUUUCUGCUGCAGACAGGGCUGCCCGAGUGCCUGGUGCCUCUCAUACAGCUCUACCGCAAGCAGACCUCCACCUGCUGAGCCCAUCCAGGGUGCACCCGCUACCUGUGCCAACAGGCAAAGGACGCCGGGCAGCCAGCCCACUGGCAGGGCCUACCUGCCUUGUUCUCUCAGUAUUCUCUCCAAAGAUUGAAUGUGAAGUCCCACCCCUUCCCUCUUGCCCUUUUGCCCAUUGGGCCAGGCCGGACCUGCCCCCCUCAGUCUCGUUCCUCUCGGAGUCCCAGUUGCCUUUGGGAUGACAGCGACCCGCCCCCCACCCCCCUGCAGGUUUGGCCCCUUUGUUAUUUGCACAGGGAUGUUUCUAAGAAACGUGGAGAGUGGUGCUCCUGGCCACCAGCCAGCAAAGCUGACAGGCUGCUGCAGGUUUUUAAAGGUGGUGUCCACCAGUGCCCUGGGCCACCAAGAGGGUGCCUGCCCGAUCUGCACAUGGAUACUGGCUAUUCUCGGCUACAGCUGCAAACCCUGGAGUCCCAGAGGGCCAUGGGGAAGGAUUUUAUUGCCUGAAUCCUUCUUCCUCUUCCCUUGGUCUGACUUCCGGAAGCCCCACUUGCACCUGUUUCCUGCCUGUCCCCUGGCACCCCCUCUCCUUAGAAAGCCUCCACAGAACUGGGAACUGCCUGUGUGUAGGCCAUGGGAGUGGCAAGGGGGAUCUUGUGAGAGAGUGAGUGAGGCUGAUGGUCAAAGUGGUUCCAUUUUCCAAGAUGGAGGGAACAUAUUCUCAUAUUCUCUCUCUCUCUGUGUGUGUGUGUGUGUGUGUGUGUGUGUGUGUGUGUGUGUAAAGUCCCCCAAUGGUCCAGGCUCUUCCAGUUACGGAGAGCCUCAGAAGAGCUGUCCACCUUCCUCAUCCUCUUUUCUACCAAGCUCCACUCUGAAGGGACCUGCCUUUUGGGCCUCAAGUCUCAUGUUGUUAUCUAAACAGUGAAGGGGUAUGUUACAUGUCAAGUCUAAUACAUGCUGGGGGCCCUCAAGGUUUCUGAGUUCCUCACGUACUGAGACAGAAAUAAUAAGGGAAUAAACUUUGUUUUACCUGUCAGCAACUUCUCGGUAGCCAGAUCAUCAGGGACCCCUCCUCUUCAGAACCCUGGGUUGGGACAGAAAGGUGAACCGCCUCGAGGAAGGGGAGUCCCUCAUGCUGAGGGAUGGGUAAUGGGUACCUCCUGCGUGAACCUGCUGCCCCAGCUGAUACUCACCUGCCUCUCUGACCUCCCUCCCUUCCCACCUUCCUGGCUGUUGUGAGACAGGGAAUGCCAAGAACUCCAGUGUCUGGACCCUGUCCAGAUAACAUUUUUAGAUUUCCUCUGCUCCCUGGAAACCUUCAUUAGGGCAAAGAAAUUGCAAGGUCUUUUUGUAAGGGUCAGAGUUUUAAAAACAAAAGCAUCUUCCCUAGGAGAAAAAAAAUUUUUUUUUUUUCUUUUUUUGUGACUUGUUUGCACUUGUGCCUGUUUUAAAUUAAACUGAA